UUUAUCCUCUUCAGGAAAAGUUAUAAUAAAAAUGACCAGUUACUUUCUGAUGGAAACAAUGGAAAUCAUAUGAGAUCUGACAAUUAAUUGAGAACUUGACACUGCUCACUUAAGUUGGCAGUGCUGUACAAACAGCUUAGUUCAUUUUCACAAUCUUUGUAUGUGGUGUCUCACAGUUGUGUUAAUGUCAAUGUGUGGCCUUGCUGGUGUACAUUAUUGUUGUGGUGGUUUUUUUGUGUGCCCUUGCAAGAAUGUGGAAGCUUGCAUUGGAGAAAUGAACAUUAGUAAAUUUCUUCUUAAACUCAGCAAGAGUGGAAGUGAAAUCAGGAACAUGGUAGUUCAAGUUCAUGGGCAUAAGAAAAUGGUGCUGUACAAAUGGAUUAAAUGUUUUUCUGAGGGAAGAGAAAGCAUCGCUGAGGAAGAGAGGUUAGGGCAGCCAAUAAUAAGCAGAACUGAUGGAAACGAUGCCAAAAUGCAUUGAAUUGUGCAUCAAAUUGUCUGCUGACUAUGAGAAGCAUAGCAGACCAAGUAAAUAUCAAUAAUGAAAUAGGAAAGCCGGCCCGUGAGCUCUCUCCCUGCUUCUCUCCAGCUUGUUCCUGCUCACUACCAUCGCUAUCAUGCUGGGCACUGCUCUCCGCCGCUGCCUCUCGGGCGGCCCUGGAGGCCUCCUGCACCCCGCCCUGGUCCCCAGCCCCACCGCCGCUAUCCACUCAAUUUGCUGCUAUUCCCCUGGGUCACAAGAGACAGAUGAAGAGUUUGAUGCUCACUGGGUGACACACUUCAACAAGCCAGAUAUAGAUGCCUGGGAAUUGUGGAAAGGGAUGAACACACUUGUUGGCUAUGAUCUGGGUCCAGAACCCAAAACCAUUGAUGCUGCUUUGUGGGCAUCCAGACGAUUAAAUGAUUUUGCUAGUGCAGUUCGCAUCCUAGAGGUUGUUAAGGACAAAGCAGGACCUCAUACGGAAAUCUACCCCUAGGUCAUCCAGGAACUUAGACCAACUUUAAAUGAAUUGGGAAUCUCCACUCCAGAGGAACUGGGCCUUGACAAAGUGUAAACCCCAUGGAUGGGCUUCCUAAGGAUUUAUUGAUAAUACUACUUGAUUGUAAACAGUCACCUGGAAAUACUGAUGAUAACAUAUUACCUUAUUCAAACAAAUUUUACUUUAUUGAAUACCAAACCAUAAUGGUAAC